CCGCGUAAUAUCCCCCACUGCUGCAUGUUGUAGAAAGUAACACACACGUACCGAGGCAGUCCCCUAGAACAACGUGGUGCAUGCCGUAUUCCGCUGCCAGACGAAUGCGCUGCUAAUUAUCAAGGUCGAGUUUCUGACCUACAGUCACUUGUUCUCCUUGCUGCUGCAAACUACCUUUUUUCGCUGCAUGCUGUGGGGUCGAUGCUGAUGUGCCGUGAAGAAGUUUCCUGAAAAGUCCUCAAUCGCAAAAGCCGGCAGCGCAUUCUCUCCGCCGUUCCUCAUGACGCAGAUCGAGCCUCUGGGGCUCGCGAUUCCUUUUGCUGAACGUUCGACGCCCAAUCAGUCUUCGGCGCUACAUGAUGUUUUGUGUCGUCAUGAGUUGGACCGCAAUAUGCGCAGGACAUCUUCUGCUGGCGAUAUUCCGAGAACUUGGAAGGGGAAUCUUGGCGCUGCAUCGCACGACAUCCUCAACAUGCGCCGGGGAAGCGCAGCGUCUACUGGAACUACAGGCACUUCGAGAACGGGGACUAGUAGUCUAUAUAGCACGAAAGACAGCGACCCGACGGAAGUGGCAUCGCAUCUCGCGAUGAAACAUAGCGCUCUCAUGAAUGGCGUUUUUCCGUCUGCGACGAUAAAACCUUCCUCGCCUGCCACAGCAGAAUAUGAGGAAACCUCGACACCAUCUCCUUCAAAUCGCAGCCCCGCGACGAGUCCACCGACCCCCAAAGCGUCCUAUACUCCAGGGAAGAAACCUUUACGUUCAGUUCUACGAAGGCCAUCGUCACCAACUGCAUACUCAAAUCCCAUAAACUCGACAUGUCCGCCAGAUGGCGCAUUCAUUCCCGGCUUGCACACCUCCGUUAUCGAUCAUAAUUACUCCUUCCCCGCAGCGCCAAGAAGUGUGCCAAAUCUUCGCAACACAGGCGGCACACCACCGGCGCCCGCAGAAUCGAGCAGCUCCCGCGAAACAGCCAUCGGAUCCUCAAAGCAAAAGCUUCGCAAGGCUAGUGCCCCAGAGACGAGGGAACGGGAUCUUGUUGCGGUGGAUGACAGGAUGAAGGGUCGUCCAAGGAGUGCAGGCGCUCGACGAUCCAUCGAUGAGGAAAUCGACGUGGAACCAAGGGUUUCUUUCAGCGUAGAGGCGGGGCUUUCCACAUCCAGCGGUGCUGAUUCUAAUGUUUCUGAAGGACAUUUGAGAGCGUUCUCGGCAUUUAUGGGCCAAACACGAAAGCAUAGUGGUGGAGAUGCAGCACCUGAGCAGAUGACAGCGGAGGAAGUACGGGGAAUGCGUAUUUUUCUGGAGCAGUGCCACAAACGGCGCGGAUACAAGGGGGGAAACACCAACUCUAUAGGAUCCGACGACGACAUCCAACACCGGCAAUAUAGCUCCCCGCCAACAAAGCCUAGUUCAAAAGAAAAGCCGAGAGAAUCGGAAAGGACAGACCACGGGGAAGGUCCGUCUUUGCCCAAGCGCAAGAGAGCGAAAUCGUCGAGCGCCACUUACACUACCACCAAACAAACCCAUAUAUCAAACAUGAGCAUCUUCAAGCCGCCCUCGGGUUCUGGCUCACCAAAUGACGCAUUUGCAGUGACUGUUGUUGCGGAGCAUCUGAACAGCAGCGCACGCAGCAACGCUGAAGACGGUGAAAGAAGUACCCGUGCGAUAUCGAAUGCAUCGCACGACUCUGAGGAUAUGGACGAACCGCAGAUAAUCACGCCUCCGCGAAAAUCGAGCAGCUCGAUCAAAUACCGAAAGCUUUAUUUGAAUACAGCUAUGUUAGAUCCAGAGGUCGUUGAUAGUGCUGCCACUGUCGCCGAAUUGCAAUCAACAUGGAGACCAGGUCGAGGUCGGUCUCCAUCCAAUUCGCAUACCUCGAAUGGGUCAAGCGGCAGUCGGCGGCCCUCCGACGCUUCCGCAAAGAAUGUUCGUUCACCUUGGCUGAAAUCAGUGAGGCUGCCACCGCGGUGGCUGUCAUUACGGAAUGCUAUGGCAUUCACCAACGUACUCAUUAUUACGGUCGCAAUCGUCAUCAUCUCCGCUGUCAGCUUCGUGCUGAGCAAGGAUACUGCACAGAAAGCGCUCGACACUCUCGGGACCGUUACGCUGAAAUCCAUGGCUCUAGCGGUCGCUGGCGUUUUUGGGCGAGCCGAAGAGAAGAAUGUGGACACGGCCACAGCGGUAUCCUUGUGGGGGAUGAGACCGGAUUCGCUUGUGUGUACCGCGUUUUUCUGGGCAUCAAUACGCGGACAAUCUCGGUGGAGCGGGGAUCAGUUUUAUCUGGUGGACACCAAAGGUGCAUUCUGCGGGGUCCUCGUGUCAUCCGUCGAAGAUUUCGAAACCUUCACGAUGAUAGGAUUGGAUGACAACGCCCCAACUCCCUUCAUACUCCGGCAGGCAAAUGGGACAGCCCCUGCGCCUCGCUACUCGUAUCAGAUCGGAACAGAUGCAAACAAGUACUGCCCGAAUCUCGUAACCACGGCAUGCGUAGAAAAAGCGCUAGACACCGUAAAUCGCACCGCGGACUUGUAUGACCCCACUCAGAGACCGUUUUACCGCAUGGCGAUGGAAAGCGAUCAACCUAGUUGGACGGGAGUGUACAACCUGGGAUCUGGGGAUGGAUACGGAAUCACGAAUGUCCUCCCAGUCAGGCAGAGAAACGUGCCGUCGGGGGGAGGACAGCUACCAGCAGACCCAGACACUCUUUUGAACAUCGUCGCUGUAGAUAUGCAUCUGGAGUCGAUAUCAGCAUACUUGAGUCAAUGGCUUUCGGCAUUGUUACGCAGUUUCGACCCACAGCAUAGCGACCUCCUUUAUGAUGGUUCCGAUUAUACCCAACAAACCCUACAAUAUCUGAUUGCCGAAAUCAACACAGAAUCAAUUUUGGCGUCCUCGUGUCCCGGACUUACUGGUACCACGCCAGACGAUCCCCCGGCUCUGUUUUCAUCACUCACAGGAAAUCCGUGUCUCGGAAAUGUCGCACAUACCGUUGGACUACUGUCAGCUCUCCCCACGUCAAACGUUCUUGACGAGCAGGGCUUAUCCAUUCUAUCGACCCCCAUACGGUUGUGGUCCGAGUCGACGCUAACCAUCGCUGCCCGAUUCACGCCACGAUCCGGUAUUCAAUGGGCCAUUGUGAUUGUAAUACCGGGCGUCUAUUUCAACAUCAAACUCGGCCAAAUGUACACACUUACGAUACCGCUGACCGCCGCGCUAGUACUUGUUGCUGCCGCUUUGAGUAGCUUUCUGAUAACACGUGCCAUCGGUCUACCUCUGAAACGAGCGGCCGAGAAGAUGAUGAGAAUAGCAGAUCUCAAUUUUGACGAAGACAUGGUCGAUCAGGAAAGCUCGAGCGACGAUGACGAGCCCGAGGAGGUUCGCUCCGGCAGACGGUGGAGUUUCCCAAGUCUAGGUCGAUUCUCGCGGUCACCGUCGAGCGUCGACAACGCCGCUGAAGAAGAUCCCGACUCGACUACCGUUGCGCGAAGAUCCUUCUUCCUGCCACCAACAAUGGGAGGUUCAAAAAACAAGCGUGGCAAGCGGCGCGGGUCCGUGGCUUCCAACAAAAGCCCAAACUCGCGGCAAUUCAUGCUGAAGGAGAUCCAGCUAUUGAACACCGCCAUGGACGCGAUGACUUCGGGCCUCAAAAGUUUCAGCAAAUACGUGCCACUCGACGUCGUUGCUCUCCUUGUAAAAAUGAAGCGCGAAGCCGUUUUAGGAGUUGACGAAAUGAGUCUGAGUAUAUUUUUCUCGGAUAUUGCAAACUUUACAACGAUUGCGGAGAGUAUGAGCCCCCAACAGCUUGUGCUUGUGAUGAGUGAAUACUUGAGUGAGAUGUCCAGCAUCAUUCUUGAGAGCCAAGGCAUCGUGGACAAGUUUAUUGGAGAUGCCGUGAUGGCAUUCUGGAAUGCGCCAUUAUACCUGGAAGAGCAUGCCAUAGUAGCUUGCGAUGCUGCACUGAAAUCACAAGAGCGCUUAAGCGAAAUGAGAGCAGAUUGGCUGGAGAAAGGAUAUCCAGAGAUACGCGCUCGAAUCGGUUUAAACACCGGUCCUGCGCUGGUGGGAAAUCUAGGCUCGCCGACUCGUCUCAACUACACAUGCCUCGGCGAUACCGUAAAUCUCGCAUCUCGACUGGAAGAACUCAACAAACGAUAUCAUACGUCCAUCAUCGUCUCCGACGCGGUUCGUGAUCAAGUACACGAAUACUUCGUCCUACGACCUUUGGAUUACGUUGCCGUGAAGGGGAAGACGGUGGCAAAAAAGUGCUUCGAACUUGUUGAUUCCAUUGAGGGAUGUGAUCCGGCGGUCUCGCGGCGAAUGGUACUGUACGAAAAGGCAUUCGAUUAUUACUGCCAAGGGGAAUUCGAACAAGCAAAACAUCUCUUCGAGUCAUAUUUAGUCGACGUACCAUGGGAUGUUCCAGCAACCAUGCACCUAGAGCAGUGCAUGCGGUUGGAAGAGGAAGGUGUGCCAUCGAAUUGGAGUCCGGUGGUGGUUUUGGAUGAAAAAUAACGUCGGACAUAUUUGCAUUUGCAAUUUUUUGGGACUUUGACUGGCUGUACAUAAC